AUCAGUUAAAUGCGGUUUAAAGAACGAGUAACAUGUUCGUAACUUAAGAGAGCGCACAGUUAAUAAGAAUUACAAUAAAAAAAAAAAAACAAACCAAAACCAAACUUAGUGAACAAUAUUUUUUUAUUUAUGUAGCAGAAAUUUAGCUUUAAUUGCUAAAUAAAAAUAAAAAAGAAUUCAUUUUAAUCAUGACGGGCAAGCAUAAAUAUCAUUGCCCCGAUGGAGAUUCGGAUUUAGAGUGUGACGAAGAGAACGACAUCGCUUUGGCGAUGUCACCGACCGUACAAGUAAUAAAGACAUCAACAUCACGUGAUUCUGGGGAUAGUGGCGAUCAACGUGAAACAUGGGGCGGCAAAGUCGAUUUUCUAUUAUCCGUUAUUGGUUUCGCUGUCGAUUUAGCAAACGUUUGGAGAUUUCCUUAUUUGUGCUACAAAAAUGGCGGUGGCGCGUUCCUCGUACCCUAUUGUAUCAUGUUAUUGGUCGGUGGUAUUCCGCUUUUCUAUAUGGAACUUGCUUUGGGUCAACAUAAUCGUAAAGGUGCCAUUACCUGUUGGGGCCGUUUAGUACCAUUAUUUAAAGGCAUUGGUUACGCUGUUGUCCUGAUAGCGUUUUACGUUGAUUUUUACUAUAAUGUUAUCAUUGCUUGGUCGUUACGUUUCUUUUUUGCUUCUUUCACAAACAAUUUACCCUGGAUAUCAUACAUAGCGCCUUUCGAUCACCACUUGUCCACAUCGAUGCAGCGUGUAUUAACGGGCGUCUGCUCUCAAAAUGCUGAAGAAGUGCGAAAAUGGGUCGAUGCUUUUAUCACUGCCAAAGCGACAUCGUUCUUUCGAGGCGGUAUUGUCAUGCUGCCAGAAAGAUCGGAAAAAGUUUUCGAAGUACAAAGUGCAUCUGAUUCGAUUACGAUUAGUAAUUAUAGUGAAUCGUUUCUAAUCAACGAAACUUAUAGGAUCAUGAGCGCUAUUAACUCAUCUGGUAGUACGGGUACAGAGCGUUUUCAGUCGGCUGCUUCAGAAUAUUUCAAUCGUUUCAUACUUGAGCUGAAUCAAAGUGAGGGUAUUCAUGAUCUGGGUGCUAUUAAAUGGGACAUGGCCGUGUGUCUCUUGAUCGUUUAUUUGAUAUGUUAUUUUUCGCUCUGGAAGGGUAUUAGCACAUCGGGCAAAGUUGUGUGGUUUACGGCUUUGUUUCCUUACGCCGUACUUUUAAUUUUACUGAUACGUGGCAUAACCUUACCCGGCUCUGCUAUGGGCAUACGUUACUAUUUGAAUCCCAAUUUCGAUGCUAUUUACAAAGCUGAGGUGUGGGUUGAUGCUGCAACACAAGUGUUCUUCUCUUUGGGGCCUGGGUUUGGAGUUUUGCUGGCCUACGCUUCCUACAACAAAUAUCACAAUAAUGUAUAUAAGGAUGCUAUGCUUACAAGCUGUAUAAACUCGGCUACAAGUUUUGUGGCUGGCUUUGUGAUAUUUUCAGUUUUGGGUUACAUGGCUCAUAGAUCGGGUGAAAAUAUUGAAGAUGUGGCCAUGGAGGGACCCGGUCUAGUAUUCGUUGUGUACCCAGCAGCUAUUGCUACCAUGCCGGGCAGUACAUUCUGGGCUUUAAUAUUUUUUAUGAUGCUUUUAACUCUGGGUCUAGAUAGUUCAUUUGGUGGUUCCGAAGCUAUUAUCACUGCCCUAAGUGAUGAAUUCCCUUUGAUUGGCAAUAAUCGUGAGUUAUUCGUGGCCGGAUUGUUUUCGUUAUAUUUUGUAGUUGGCUUGGCCAGUUGCACUCAGGGUGGAUUUUACUUUUUCCAAUUACUCGAUCGUUAUGCUGCCGGCUAUUCGAUAUUAGUGGCAGUAUUCUUCGAAGCUAUCGCUGUAUCUUGGAUUUAUGGUACUAAUCGUUUCUGCGAGGAUAUACGCGACAUGAUCGGUUUCCGGCCGGGUAAAUAUUGGCAAGUGUGCUGGCGUUUUGUGGCUCCCAUAUUUUUAUUAUUUAUUACUGUGUACGGUUUAAUUGGUUAUGAGCCUCUAAGCUACGAAGAUUAUACAUAUCCAGGUUGGGCUAACGCUUUAGGUUGGUGUAUAGCUGGCUCUUCAGUUAUUAUGAUUCCAGCUAUAGCUAUUUACAAAUUAAUCACCACUCCGGGAACCUUCAAACAGCGUUUACACUAUCUUACCACUCCUUGGCGUGAUCAACAGGUUAAUGUCAAUGGUAUUGCGGCAGAAGCAACUCAAAUACGCUUAAACGAUACGAAAGGCGAGAAUACCGCCGAAGUUUGAAAUCAACCAUUCGCCAGAUUCCGUGUUUAUUAUGUUUAGUUUUUCAAAUACAUAUUACGCGCCAAGACAACGUCCCCAUCCCAGGUGCAAAGCAUUAACUGAUUAACGUAUGCGCAAUCAUUUUGUUUAGGGAAUUAGUUAUUAAGCUUUUAAUAUGUACAUAUAUAUAUAUAUAAAUAAACGAAUUAUGCAAAUUUCAUAAACAACGUACUUAGAUUUUUAGAACAAAAUGCAACUCUGAAAAAUUGUGCCAAUCAAUUCCUCAGUAUGUGGAGAAAACGCAUAAUAUUCAUAAAAUUUUUUUUUAAUAUUUUUAUUUAUUUUUAUUUUAUUCAAUUGUUAACAUGCAAAGAAUGCUGUGUAGGGAUAAUACAGAUAUGUAAGAUAAUAACUGUUAUAUACUAUAAGUCAUUAAGAGAAAAAAAAAUUCAAAAUUUCUUUUUAAACUGUAUAUACAGAGAUUGUAAUCAAUCCGUUAUGAGAAAUUGAAGUGAAAAAAGCUUUAAAUUGUUACGUAGUAAUCGAAAUGCUAAUUAAGGCUCCAUUCCUUUAACGGGUAAUUAAUUUUUGUACAACAGCCAUGUACAAAAAUUAAUUCUA